GCUCCCUCCCUCCACCCUUCCUGGGUUAGUGUCAUUCUGUAGUGGAGAUGUGGAGUGUCCUUCUUUCUCUCUCUCUGUUUCUCCAGUCUAAUUCAGCUGAAGAAGUGAUGCUGCUGGACACAACAGAGUCUACCUCGGAGCUUGGCUGGACCACAUAUCCUGACACUGGGUGGGAUGAGGUCAGUGUCCUGGAUGACCGGGGGAAACUCAUCCGGACCUUUGAGGUCUGCAACGUCAACCAGAACCCCCGUCUCCAGGACAACUGGCUGGCCACACCCUUCCUCUUCCGCUUCUCGGCACCACGGGUCUUUGUGACGCUGCGUUUCUCCAUGCGGGACUGUGCCAGCCUGCGCCCGCCCUCGCCCUCCUGUCGAGAGACACUCACCCUCUACUACAAACAGGCCGACUCACAGAGAGAGCUGGAGAGGACAUGGGCUGCAGAGCCGUCCAGUGGAGAGAAGGACACGAGGGAGGGCUGGGUGAAGGUUGACACCAUAGCAGCAGAUAAGAGUUUCACCAAGGUGGAGCCCAGCCUGCCUCACCAGUACCAACCAGACCGCUACCGUCGGGUCAACAUCAAGACCCGCAGCUUCGCUCCGCUCACACGCAAUGGAUUCGUCCUGGCCAUCGUCGACAGCGGCGCAUGCGUCUCUCUGAUGGGUGUGUCCAUCUUCUACCGCCGCUGCCCAGCAACCAACCGCUAUCUUGCUUCCUAUCUGGCCACACCCUCAGGGGCGGAGCCUACCGCCCUGGUCCCUGUGACUGGGACUUGUGUUCCCCACAGCCAAGCACAGGGAGGCUCCGCCCCCCGCAUGCACUGCAACGCAGAAGGUGACUGGAUGGUGCCGGUGGGUGGGUGCAUCUGUGAAGAGGGAUAUGAGCCCAAUCAAAACGGAUCUGCCUGCUUAGAAUGUCCAGUGGGGUACUUUAAGUCGGUGUUGGGUUCGGUUCCGUGUUCAGUGUGUCCGUCAAACAGCAGAACCAGUCAGGAGGGAUCACGUGUGUGUGAGUGUCGCAGCGGCUUCUACAGAGCACCCGCCGACGUCAACUCCACCGCCUGCACAAGCUCUCCCUCUGCUCCGACCUCUGUCUCCUGGGAGUAUGAGAGUAGUGAUGGUGGGGUGUCUCUGCGCUGGCGCCCUCCAGUGGACAUGGGUGGUCGUAGUGAGGUGUGGUAUGGGGUGGUGUGUAGGAUCUGUCCCUCGGCCACCUUCACCGCCCCGGGGGCGUGCUCCUGGUGUGGAGAGGCGGUCACCUUCACCCCAUCCCAGACUGGCAUCAAGCAGACCAAGGUCACCCUUAACAACCUGCUCACCAGAGUCACCUACCUUAUACAGGUGCAAGCAGUCAAUGAUGUCUCAGCUCUGAGUCCUUUCCCACCUCAAUUCACCAGCAUCAAUUUCACUACUAGCCAAUCAGUACCCUCUCCGGUCCCUAGCCUGCACCAGUUGAGUCGAGCCCCAGACUCCAUCACCCUGUCCUGGCCACAGCCUGACAGACCCAAUGGAGACAUACUGGAGUACCAGCUCAGAUACUACGACAAGGGUUCAGAUGAGGACAGUGCAGUGAGUGUGUUCAGUGAGACCAACACAGUGACCGUCAACUAUCUGGCUCCUGGCUCCAUCUACGCCUUCCAGAUCAGGGCCCGCAACGAGAGGGGCUAUGGCCCCUACAGUCAUACUAUCUACUUCACUACAUUGGCUCUGGAGGGGAGUUCUAAGCAGAUCCAGAAUCGGCUCCCUCUAUUGGUUGGUUCUGUGAUGGGCGGGGCAGCCUUCCUCCUGGUCAUUGUGGCGAUAGUGGUCGUUUUUGUGUUCCGCAGUAAGAGGAGGGAGAGCCCCUACAGUGACAGACUCCAGAGGUACAUCAGCCACAAAGGGGGGGUGAAGUACUACGUAGACCCUUCCACCUAUGAGGACCCCAGUGAGGCGGUCAAGGAGUUUGCCCGUGAGAUCGACCCCUCUCACCUUAAGAUAGAAGAAGUGAUUGGUGCAGCCCAGUUUGGGGAGGUGUCUCGGGGGCGCUACCGGCCCCUGGGUCGUAGGGAGGUGCUGGUGGCGGUGAAGACGCUGCGCUGGGGCGUGACAGACAGAGAGAAGGCAGUGUUUAUGACCGAGGCGGGGGUGCUGGGACAGUUUGACCACCCCAACGUGCUGAAGCUGGAAGGGGUGGUCACCCACAACCCACCAGAGAGGAUCAUCACUGAGUUCAUGGAGAAUGGACCACUAGAUGCCUUCCUCAGGGAAAAUGAGGACCAGUUCAGUGUUCUCCAGCUGGUAGGGAUGGUGAGGGGUGUUGGGGCUGGGAUGAGGUACCUCUCUGAGAGGAACUUUGUCCACCGGGACCUGGCUGCCAGGAACGUGCUGGUCAACUCUAACCUGGUGUGUAAGGUGUCUGACUUUGGGCUGUCGCGGCUCAUGAGGGGUCUGGACCAUAACAUGCCCACCUACACUGCCUCACUGGGCAGUAAGAUUCCUGUCAGGUGGACAGCCCCGGAGGCCUUCCAGCAUCGCAAGUUCAGCUCAGCUAGUGAUGUCUGGAGCUUCGGAGUGCUCAUGUGGGAAGUGAUGUCAUAUGGCGAGCGGCCAUACUGGGACAUGAGCAAUCAGGAAGUAAUGAAGGUGGUGGCAGACCAGUACCGUCUCCCAGCCCCCCAUAACUGUCCUCCAGCGCUCCACUCCCUGAUGCUGCAGUGUUGGCAGGCUGAGAGGGGCGACCGGCUAGGCUUUGACUCCCUCCUCUCCUCCCUGGACAGGCUCAUACGACACCCUGCCUCCCUCAAGGCAGAGCAUCCCCGCUCCACCCAGCCACUGCUGAGCCCCACCCCCACAGACCUGUCGUCGGUGGUGACGGUCAGUGAGUGGCUGACAGCAUUAAGGAUGGACAGGUAUAAGGACCAGUUUGAGAGGGCACAUCUGGACACACUGGACCGAGUCAGCAGGCUAACCAUGGAGGAUGUGCAGAACCUGGGGGUGAACCUGUUGGGACACCAGAGGAAGAUCACCAAUGCAGCCCAGCAGCUCAGAACUCACCUCACCCAGGGUCAGGUGGAGGUCUAGAACCCACCUAUCACCUGAGAGCUUCACAGGAAGUAACAGAGAGGUGCACUAUUGGAGCUGUAGUCCAAGGCAAUGUAAGAUCUGGGAGGAGAGUUGCUGAGGAGGAACAGGAAGAUUUGAAGGGGAAAAGUCUUAAAAAAUGUGUUUUAUUUCACUUGUUUGCUGUUGUUACCAACUCUCUCGUUGCCAGUCUCUACUUCUCUCUUCCUCAUCUCUUUCUCUCACUCCUCCCACGUUGUCUCACUACUGUCCCUCCCUCUUUCACUCGUGUCACCACCCUCAAUAAAUGAAAACAGUGAAAAUGUCAUUUUUACCCAAACAUAGGGAUCUCCCGUCACAAGCAAUUGCAUAGACAAUCAAAACUGAUUUUACUGAUUAAUGUUGACAUCAUGAACACUGUUCAUGAUUAUUUGUUAAGCUACAUCACAUCAUCUGUACUGAAAUCAGAAAAUGGCAACCCUUGUUGACUAAACAUUAGCCAAUGGUUUUUCCCAUCAGUCACUAGCCUGGUCACUUUUAUGGGGAUUAUUCCAUUUGACUCAAGAAAUGGGGUUGUAGUUUACGUCGUGGCAGAAUGGAGUCACCCACCAUUGAGCAGCACCCCAAUCUGUGUAUAUUUCACAGUUCACAUUCCUUUUUUUAUAGAUAAAGUCACUGGGUCAUUUGAGCAUUGUGAAUGUGAAAUGGUUUAACUGGACUAUGUGUGAUCUGAUUGCCCAUCGAAGUAAGGAAGGCGAUGUUAUGCUUCGUGAGUAUUCUGGGUCUGUUUGUGUUAAUGUUCAUGUGUGUAUGCUGUAUGAGGAGUGUGUGUGUGCGCGUGCGUGAAGAAAUCCCCAUCAACUGAGGAGGGUCACCAUUCUGUGUCGCUCCUCCUUGAACUAUCCACCGUCCGGCUAGCAAAAUCACACAAUAAAUCCAUAGCACUUAGAGUACAAUAAAACAUAUCAACAUUUGUAACAUGACAGUUUAAUUCACACAGUAACAUUCAUUUCAUCCAUCUUCACAUCUCCAAUGGUGUCCACACUACCAGGGUUCUGGGGGAACGUCCCUCCCUGAAGAAAGCCUCAGAUAAGGUGUGUUCGAACCCUUUGACAACCCACAGAUUGUCAGCCUUCAAACAGUGUCAUAAAUCGGGAUUGUGUGUGUGUGUGUGUGUGUGUGUGUGUGUGUGUGUGUGUGUGUGUGUGUGUGUGUGUGUGUGUGUGUGUGUGUGUGUGUGUGUGUGUGUGUGUGUGUGUGUGUGUGUGUGUGCACUUGAGUAAGUGUGUUUAUUUUUAUGUGUUCACCACUAUUCCACUAUUGUGCAAAUUUGUAAAAUAAAGAAUAUGAUUUUAUUUAAA